AUGGUCAACACUAAGGUCACCUCUUUGGUAUCAAUAAUUACUUUUGUUUUCAUCUUCUUCUUCUUUUUUAUUGAGUUAUCUGAAUCUCAAAAGUUAGCACCAGCAUUGUACAUAUUUGGAGAUUCUAAUGUUGAUGUUGGCAACAACAACAAGCUUGAUAUUAGUGCUAAAACAAACUAUUUACCUUAUGGCAUGGAUUUUCCUGGUGCAACCCCAGGCAGGCCCACUAAUGGUUACAACAUAGCUGAUUUCUUUGCUGAAGCACUUGGAUUAAGUUUACCACCUCCAUUCAAUUCCAUUAACAUUAGCAGUUACACCAAUACUGAAGGUCUCAACUAUGCCUCUUCUAUGUCUGGAAUUCUUGACGAUACAGGCACUGCUAUGUUUCCAGGUAUUACAACCUUAAGGGGACAAAUUGAGAUGUUCAAAAAGACAGUGAGAGAACAGUUAAGAAAAGUUUUAAAGAAGAAGAAUGGAGAAGAAGUGAAGAGACACUUGUCCAAAUCCAUAGUUUUAGUAGUCUCAGGUGUCAAUGACUUUGCUCUCAAUCUUCUUAGGAACGAAAGAAUGGAUCGUCGUUCCAUCGAUCAUGAUGCCUUUUCACAAGAUCUUGUUCAAAAAUAUGCUCAUCUUUUAAUGAGAAUGUAUAACUUGGGAGCUAGAAAAUUUGUUGUGUUUGAUGUUGAAGCCUUGGGUUGUUUGCCAUUUGUAGUAGAUAUGGCUUUCCCAGCAAAACCCAGAUGUGUUGAUGAACUAAACUCUUUGGUUUUCAAUUUCAAUCAAAUGUUAUAUAAAAAGAUAUCACAAUUAGGCAACACCACAAUGAGUGAAGCCACUUUUGUAGUGGCCAAAAAUUAUCACUAUUAUCUCAACUUAGCUCAAAACCCUGCAAAAUUCGGGCUUAAAGAAGGGUUUAAGCCAUGUUGUGGAGUAAACAAAUAUGGGACAUGUGAUAGGUUACAAAAGACUUGUAGAGAUAGAAAGGAUUAUGUUUUCUUUGAUGGAUUUCACCUAACACAACAAGCUUACAAGGUUCUUGCUACUCAAUGCUUCAAUGCUACUUCUUCUGAUGCUGCCUGUGUUCCUAUCAAUCUCCAAAACCUAGCAAAACUAUAA